UUUCCUGUUUGGGUACAGUGGUGGCGGGAGAUUGCAGCAUGGCGGUGCAGCCGAAACAGAACCUGUCUAUGGACAGUGCAGCCGAGCAUGGCUUUCUAAACUUCAUUUUUUCUAUGCCGGAGAAACCGGACACUACUUUCAGAAUAUUUGACCGUAACGACUACUACACUGUUCACGGAAAAGACGCCAUAUUCGCAGCGAAGGAAGUUUUCAAGACGAAUGGGGUCAUCAAAAAUCUGGGCUCGGGGAGCCGCAAGCUGGAGAGUGUGGUCCUGAGCAAGCUGAACUUUGAGGCCUUUGUGAAAGACCUGCUGCUGGUGAGGCAGUACAGAGUAGAAGUGUACAAGAACCACAGCAAGAGCAGCAAGGAACACGACUGGAAGAUCGAGUACAAGGCGUCUCCAGGAAACUUGACUCAGUUUGAGGAGAUUCUGUUUGGUGGUGGAACCGGAGCGGAGGGUUGUGCAGGAGUUGUUGCUGUUCGGUUUUCUACAGGAGCUGACGGACAACGUGUGGUCGGGGUCGGCUAUGUGGACGCAGCCCAGAGGACGAUGGGAGUGUGCGAGUUUCCAGACAACGAGAUUUUCUCCAAUCUGGAGUCCCUGCUUGUCCAAAUCAGCCCAAAAGAGUGUCUUUUAGCCCAGGGUGAAGCCAACACAGACGGCAACAAACUACGGGAGGUGGUACAGCGUGGCGGCAUACUGGUCUCUGACAAGAAGAGAGCGGAGUUUAGUUGCAAGGAUGUGGUGCAGGAUCUCAACAGGCUGCUGAGGGUGAAAAGAGGAGAGACUGUGGCGAGCAACACACUGCCUGAGCUGGACAAACAGGUGGCGAUGUCGUGCCUGGCUGCAGUGGUGCGUUUCCUUGAACUGCUGUCUGAUGAGUCUAACUUCAACUCCUUCAGUCUGACCACUCUGGAGCUGGGUCAGUACAUGAGGCUGGACAAUGCUGCAGUGAGGGCUCUUAACCUCUUCCAGGGAUCGCCUGACGACACCAGUGGAGCUCAUUCAUUGGCCGGUCUGUUGAACAAGUGCCGUACGCCGCAGGGUCAGCGGCUGGUCAACCAAUGGAUCAAACAACCACUCAUGGACAAAACCAAAAUAGAGGAGAGGCUGGACCUGGUGGAGAGUUUUGUGUGCGACUCUGAGCUCAGGCAGACCUGUCAGGAGGACUUGCUGCGGCGGUUUCCUGAUCUUCACCGUCUGGCCAAGAAGUUCCUCCGUCACACUGCGACACUGCAAGACUGCUACCGCGUCUACCAGGCUGUGAGCCACAUCCCUGCCCUCGUCACAGCCCUGGAGAAAUACUCGGGUAGCUACGAGGUUCUGUUGGAGGCGGUGUUCCUGUCUCCUCUCAGAGACCUGCAGAAUGACUUUGCGAAGUACCAGGAGAUGAUUGAAACCACUCUGGACAUGAACCAGAUUGACCACCACGAGUUCCUGGUGAAGGCGUCUUUUGAUCCAGCAUUGAGUGAACUGAGAGAAAAGAUGGAUACGCUGGAAAAUAGCAUGCAGGCAGUCCUGAACAGCGCAGCCAGGGAACUAG